AUGGUGAGCAUCCAGCCAGGUUGGAGGAUGCCAGCUCAGGGCGCCUGGUCUCCAGUGCGUCUCUUCGACCCAGAAUAUCCUGCGCUGGCUCUGCGCACUGUGUCUCCGGUACGUCUGCACAGCCCAGUGCAUCCUGUGCCAGCGCCCCGCCGCAUUUGCAGGGCGAAGAUAACCACCCAGCCCGGACGGGUUGUGCAGGCUCUAAGCUCUAGACCUCCAGUGCGCCUCCACGAACCAGUGUAUCCGGUGCCUCAGCCAAGGACAAAGCCUCCUGUAUGUCUCCCCAGCCGUGUGAGUCCUAUGCCUGCGCCCAGAACUAAGCUUCCUGUAUGGCUCCCCAGCCUGGCGAGUCCUGUGCCUGCUCCCAGAGCCAGGCCUCCUGUGUGUCUCUCCACUCCAGUGAUUAUCAAUGGCACAAAGCCUCCAGUGAUGAUCCAUGGCAAGAAGCCUCCAGUGAUGAUCCAUGGCAAGAAGCCUCCAGUGAUGAUCCAUGGCACGGAGCCUCCAGUGAUGAUCCAUGGCACGAAGCCACCAGUGAUGAUGCCUUGCACAAAGCCUCCAGUGGUGAUCCAUGGCACGAAGCCUCCAGUGAAGAGUCAUGGCACGAAGCCUCCAACGAAGGCCUCCAGUCUGGAGUCUCCAGAGACGGUCUCCAGUCCGGAGCCUCCAGAGACGGUCUCCAGUCCGGAGCCCCAGCGACAUCCUUCAGUCCAGAGCAGCCAGCGACAUCCUUCAGUCCGGAGCCCCCAGCGACGGCCUCCAGUCCAGAGCCCCCAGCGACGGCCUCCAGUCUGGGACCCGCAACGAGGGCACCCAGUCCGGGGCCCGCAGCGAGGGUGCCCAGUCCGGGGCCCACAGAGAGGGUCUCCACACCAGAGGCGCCACCAAAGUGGGGUGAGCCAUAGGUGGAGCAGGGUCUAUGUCCUGCACCAGAGCCGCCACCGCGGAUAG